AUGCAAUUCAAAUUCUUAACAGCUAUUGCUGUUGCACUCGCUACUGCCAAUGCUAUUGGUGAUCUUGCAUUUAAUUUAGGUGUUAAAGAUAAUGCUGGUAAUUGUAAAUCAGUAUCUGAAUUUGAAUCAGAUUUAGAAUUAUUAAAAUCAACAACUUCAAUCAUCAAAACUUAUGCUGUAUCAGAUUGUAAUACAUUACAAAACUUAGGUCCAGCUGCUGAAGCUGAAAACUUCAAAAUUAUGUUGGGAAUUUGGUCAAAUGAUGAUGCUCAUUUUCAAGCUGAAAAAGAUGCUUUACAACAAUAUUUACCAAAAAUUUCUUCAUCAACAAUUAAAGUAUUUUUAGUUGGUUCUGAAGCUUUGUAUAGAGAAGAUUUAACUGCCCAACAAUUAUCUGAUAAAAUUAAUGAUAUUAAAUCAUUUGUUAAAGAUAUCAAAGAUAAAGAUGGUAAUUCUUAUGGUAAUGUUCCAGUUGGUACUGUUGAUUCCUGGAAUGUUUUAGUUGAUGGUGCUUCUGAACCAGCAAUUAAAACUGCUGAUUUUGUUUAUGCAAAUGCUUUUUCAUAUUGGCAAGGACAAACUAAUCAAAAUGCUUCAUAUUCAUUCUUUGAUGAUAUUAUGCAAGCUUUACAAACAAUUCAAACAGUUAAAGGUUCAACUGAUAUUGAAUUUUGGGUUGGUGAAACUGGUUGGCCAUCAGAUGGUUCAAAUUUUGAAAGUUCUCAACCAGGUGUUGAAAAUGCUAAAAAUUUUUGGCAACAAGGUAUAUGUGCAAUGAGAGCUUGGGGUGUUAAUGUUGCUGUUUUUGAAGCUAUUGAUGAAGCUUGGAAACCUGAUACUUCAGGAAUUUCUGAUGUUGAAAAACAUUGGGGUGUUUGGGAUGCUAAUAAUAAAUUAAAAUAUAAUAUUAAUUGUGAAUUUUAA